CUUUGGCUGAGCGGCUCCGCAAGGGAUCUGGACGCAGAGGAGAGCCGCGGAGCGCUCCCUGUUUGGGCCCUGGUCACCUAACGCUCAGCGACGCCGCGGACUCCUCUCCGGGGCCGAGGGGAGCGGGUCACCGCUUGCAAGCCCAGCUGUCUGGGAGGGCGAAAGAGAGACAAAGUAAACGCCAAAGAACCUCCAGCCUCUGUUCCUGCCUGGUUUUAUUUUAUCUUCUGUAAUUAUUUCGGAAAAAAACAAAAAAACAAAAAACCAAAAAAAUACAUCGCCGUGUUUUUAAUAAUUCGUGCUGCGUGUGCAGCUGUUCCAGCACACCCCUGAUAAACAAAGGAAAAGGGGGAGGCGGCCCGCUUUUCGCAGAAGACAUGCGUUCCGUCAGGAAGAGGUGGACUGUGUGCACCAUAAGUCUUCUUCUCAUCUUCUAUAAGACGAAGGAAGUAACACGGACGGAGGAGCGGCAGGAGGCAGCUCUCGCCGGAGAUGGUACACUGAGUUUGGGUAGAUCAAUGAUCAAUAGCUCCAAUAAGAUAAUUCGAAAGGGUGGCUCCUCAAUUUUCCAACAUGCUGCAGAAGGUUGGAAAAUCAAUUCUUCUUUGGUAAUGGAAAUAAGGAAGAACAUACUUCAGUUCUUGGAUGCUGAAAGAGAUGUCUCAGUGGUCAAAAGCAGCUUCAAGCCUGGAGAUGUAAUUCAUUAUGUACUGGACAGACGUCGCACUCUAAACAUUUCUCAGGAUUUGCACAGCCUUCUUCCUGAAGUGUCCCCAAUGAAAAAUCGCCGAUUUAAAACUUGUGCAGUUGUUGGGAAUUCUGGCGUCCUGCUGAAGAGUGGUUGUGGAAAAGAGAUUGACAGCCAUGACUUUGUAAUAAGGUGCAAUCUAGCUCCUGUGGUGGAGUAUUCUGCCGAUGUGGGAACUAAAUCUGAUUUUAUUACCAUGAACCCAUCAGUUGUACAAAGAGCAUUUGGAGGCUUUCGGAAUGAGAGUGACAGAGAAAAAUUUGUGCGUAGACUAUCCAUGCUGAAUGACAGUGUCCUUUGGAUCCCAGCUUUCAUGGUCAAAGGUGGAGAGAAGCAUGUGGAGUGGGUUAAUGCAUUAAUCCUUAAGAAUAAAUUGAAAGUGCGAACCGCCUAUCCAUCACUGAGACUUAUUCAUGCAGUCAGAGGCUAUUGGCUGACAAACAAGGUUCACAUUAAGCGACCCAGCACUGGUCUUCUCAUGUAUACACUUGCCACCAGAUUUUGUGAUGAAAUUCACCUGUACGGAUUUUGGCCAUUCCCAAAGGAUUUACAUGGAAAACCAGUCAAGUAUCACUAUUAUGAUGAUCUGAAGUAUCGGUAUUUUUCUAAUGCCAGUCCUCAUAGGAUGCCAUUAGAGUUUAAAACAUUGUAUGUGUUACAUAAUAGAGGAGCACUUAAAUUAACAACAGGGAAAUGCAUACAGCAAUAAAGCACAAGUAUUGUACAAUAAAUACAGAAUACACACCUCAUCAUAAAGAUGUUAUGAAAUGGCAAUGGGACCACAGUGGGGAUUUGUUUCAAUAUCCACUGUGUCAUUGGAAGAACAUGUUAUAUCAGAAGUACAUAACCAGCUAUUAUACCUGUAAAGUGUUAAGUCACUAAGCUAUCUUGACUGCAAGGGUUCAAGUGCCACUUUCACUAAGAACAAAGCUUGAAUGUAUGCUCAGUAGCGUUUAUAGGAUGCAGUGACACACACAUUCAUCAUGAAUUAAAGAAGAAAAAGAGCCUGCCAAUUUGCAGCUGUGGUCAGACAGCCCACACAAGAAUACCUAGUGGAUGGAAUAUUUACUUGAGUAAAUAAAUCAGGCUUUGGCAGAAAAUAUCACGAUGGAUUUGAGUAGAGAAAGUGAAGUCUGUAAGAUGAAAAAAAUCAGUAAAUGCCUUUAGUCAGAGAACUGUUUCUGAUAUUGUAUUAUAACCUCAGCUUCUGUUGGUUUUUUUUGUUAUUGCCGUUGGUUGGGUUUUGUUGCUAUUAAGUUUUGGAGCCCUUAAAAGAUUUCAAGGGUGUUAUAAGUAAAUUCAUUUUUUAUCUUACAGAACUGUCUUAAGGAAAAAAGAUUUGUAAGCAUGGGAGGGUGCAGUGGAACAUAAUAUAUUUUAUCAAAUGUUA